AUGCGAUUUAUUGUACUGCCUGUGUCGUCGCGCGCAGUGUAUAUUCACUGCGUGAACCACAAUCUUCCCACAAUCAUCUCUUCUCCUGCUGCUAAAAGUGUGCUUGCUCUCGACCCCACGCUGUUAUCCCGAGUGGCACACGCCGACCACGACUCUGGAGCUACCCCAACAUCGGCCGCGCUAGAGGCUGCUCUUGCAGAGCGCACCCACACAGAUCACGGCAUCACAGUCCCUGCACGGAAAACCCCGCGGCUAGAUGACCGGCUGGUGGCCCGCGCAGCCAAGAUCUGGGCCGGGUUCGAGGAAUCGCAAACACCAUGGAAACGCAAGCUGGUCAAGUCAAUCAACUCUUUAUUGGAACGUCUUCCUUAUGAAGAAGCUGAAUUGCGUGCAGUUCCGUCCAAGUCAUCUGUGUUGCGUAAGCUUCGAGCGCUGGAGCGUGAAAAGGCAGAAGCUGAAGCGGAAGCAGGUGCUGAAACGGGAGCAAAAAUUGAAGAUAAUUUGGAUAAGAGCCAUGUUUCGUAUGAAGAAGAGGCUGGGAAAGUCCCCGCACAAAUGCACCCAAUCUCGGUAUACUACCCUGCUUCCAACAUCACUCCGGAACAAGCGUUUGAGCAGAUCCGUGAACUUGCACAUACCGGCCGCACUCUGCACCUGCGACGCAUGCUGACGUGCCUGGCGCUGGCGCCUCUGACUUUACCCAUUGCCAUGCUUCCUGUGAUUCCCAAUGUUCCGGGCAUUUAUCUCAUGUAUCGCGCGUGGUGUAAUUUUAAGGCGUUGGAGGGUGCUCGCCAUUUGGAAUUAUUGGUGGAUGGAGCUGCCGCUGGUGGAAUAUCACCUCACCUCAAUUUUAAGCCGUGCGAGCAAUUAGAUCUCGUGUACCGGGAACGCGCAGCGCGCAAGGAAGAUGGUGCAAUUAUUAAAUUUGGAGAAGAAGGUCCUGAGAAACUGGUUCUGGAUGAUGAGAGUACAGUUAAACCCAUUGAGUUUUUGGUGGAGGCUCACAAUACAUCAAACAGUCUGCACAGCGAGCUGCUCAAAGCCAUUCAUCAAACACGCAAGAAAAUUGAAAGCAGUAGUAACAAUAAAUGA